AUGUGUCCCAAGGUGUUCAGCUAUCCAAAAGGUGCUUUAGAACAUGAAAAUGUGCACACGGGUGCUAAGCCUUUCAGUUGCGAACACUGUGGUUGCAGCUAUCCCUUGUCUAGAACCCUCACGGACCAUAUACAUCGAAAACACAGUAAAACUAUUCCAGAAGAAAAAAUGCACAACUGUAUCGUGUGUUCUAAGGAAUACAAAAGCGAAUCAGGAUUAAACAGGCACUAUGCUUCUAACCACCAGGAACUUGGUUAUGAUUACAGAAUAGGUUGUGAUAUUUGCGAAGAAACUUUCUGCUCAAUAAAACAACUGAUUCGGCACAAACUGACUCAUCCAGGCUUCAAACCAUACGAAUGUGACACUUGUAACAAAGGCUUUUCCAGUAAAGGUCAGCUAAAGACACAUCAAAGAGUCCAUACGGGGGAGAAACCAUAUGUUUGCAAUUACUGUGACAAAAGAUUCGCUCAACAUGCUCCUUAUUUAUAUCACUUGAAGACCCACACGGGAGAGAAAGCCUACUUUUGUGUUAACUGCAAAAGAGGGUUUAUAGCCCCAGCUAAUUUGAGGAAUCAUAUGAAUAAAUGUCAUGUGAAAUACGAAACUACAAAUGAAAUAUACAUUAAGAGUGAACCGUUUCAAUUAGCUGGAGAAUAA